AUGGUUGCCAUUAAAAGAGCUAAAAGGGAAUCUAUGCAGGGUGGGAUUGAGUUCAAAGCUGAGGUUGAGCUUCUAUCAAGAGUACAUCAUAAGAAUCUGGUCAGCCUUGUUGGUUUUUGUUUGGAGAAAGAUGAACAAAUGUUGGUAUAUGAGUAUGCUCCCAAUGGAAGUUUGCGGGAUAGCCUUUCAGAAAAUAUCUACGCAGGAAAGUCAGGAGUGUGGUUAGACUGGAAGAGGAGGCUUAAAGUAGCUCUUGGUGCAGCAAGAGGUCUGGCAUAUCUUCAUGAACAUGCAAACCCUUCCAUUAUACACCGGGACAUUAAACCAAACAACAUCCUACUUGAUAAAGAUUUAAAUGCAAAAGUUGCUGACUUUGGCCUCUCCAAGUCAAUGGUCGAUAGUGGAACGCAUCACGUGACUACUCAAGUUAAAGGGACAAUGGGCUACUUGGAUCCUGAAUAUUACAUGACUCAACAGUUGACUGAGAAGAGUGAUGUUUAUAGUUUUGGUGUGGUGAUGUUGGAGUUGAUAACUGCUAGACGGCCAAUAGAGCGAGGCAAGUAUGUAGUGAGAGUGGUUCAGAUGGCAAUGGAUAAGACAAAAGAUUUGUACAACCUUCAGAAAAUUCUUGACCCAGCCAUUGGUUUGGGAAGAGAGCUGAAAGGUUUGGAAAACUUUGUUGAUUUGGCAAUGUUGUGUUUAGAAGACUUGCAAGCUAAAAGACCUAGAAUGGGGGAAGUGGUGAAAGAGAUCGAGAACAUAAUACAGCUUGCUGCUUUGAACACCAGUGAUAUUUCAGCAUCAACUUCAGGGAGUUCUGAGAAUGUGAAUAAGGACCUACAAAGAGGGGUUUUCAUCCUUCAAAGAUAG